AUGUCAGAGCAUAUUUUGCCUCAGGGAGCAGGUUAUGGUGUGGUGAUCGGUAUGGGGCUGUUCUUCAGUUUGGUCAUGGUCGGAAUCACCAAAAUGCAAAUACGUUAUACCUCUCACAAAACCUCAUCAGCAGAAGAGUUCAAUUCUGCCAGCAGAAGCGUCCCACCUGGUCUUAUCGCCGCGGGUAUUGUGAGUGCAUGGACCUGGGCAGCUACUUUGCUGCAGUCCAGUGCUACUGCGUAUAAAUUCGGUAUCAGUGGUCCUUGGUGGUAUGCAUCUGGAGCUACUAUUCAGGUCCUACUUUUCGCCAUGAUUGCGAGUAAGCUCAAGCAACAUGCGCCAUACUGUCAUACAUAUUUGGAGAUCAUCCGUGCGAGAUGGGGUCGGGUCGCUCAUUUGACUUUCCUCUGCUUCGGUCUCGCAACCAACAUUAUUGUGUCCACUAUGUUGAUUCUUGGAGGUUCCGCUACUGUCACUGAUCUUACCGGCAUGAACACCGUUGCUGCCUGUUUCCUUAUCCCUCUUGGUGUGUCAAUCUACGUCUUGACCGGUGGUAUGAGAGCGACCUUGAUCGCGGAUUACAGUCACACCCUUGUGCUGUAUUGCAUUCUCAUUGCUUUCGCAUUGACAGCUUAUGGUACUUCUGACAUCAUUGGAUCACCUUCCAAGAUGUGGGACCUUCUCGCCCAAGCAGCUGAGCAGAACCCUAUUGCCGGUAACGCACAUGGAUCCUACCUCACAAUGAGAUCGAAGAGUGGUUUGAUCUUUGGUGUGCUGAACAUUGUCGGUAACUUUGGUACUGUGUUCAAUGACCAAGCUUACUGGCAAAGAGCUAUUGCUUCGGAUCCUAAGACUAGUGUCAAGGCUUUCUUAUGGGGUGGUAUCGCCUGGUUCGGUAUUCCAAUGGGAAUUGCUACUAGUCUUGGUCUAUCAGCAGUGGCAUUAGCACACGGUCCCAACCCAGUGAUUACUCUCUCAGCCUCCGAAGUCGGUGCUGGUCUUCCCGCUGUCAAAGCCGCCGCCGCUCUUAUGGGUCAAUCUGGAGCUAUCGCUAUGCUCAUCCUCCUGUUCCUCGCUGUCACCUCUGCCUGUAGUGCUGAGCAGAUUGCCGUAUCAUCCCUUCUCACCUACGACGUAUACGGUGUCUACAUCGUCCCUAACCCAAGCGAAAAGCAGAUUCUUUGGACCAGUCAUCUCUGCAUUUUCGGAUACAGUCUUUUCAUGGGCGCUAUCGCAACCGCUUUCAACUAUAUUGGUGUCAGCAUGGGAUACCUAUACGAACUUAUGGGUACCAUCAUCGGAAGUGCUGUGGUCCCUAUCGCCCUUUGCAUCACCUGGAACAAGUGCAAUGGUACUGGAGCAGUUGUCGGUGCGAUCUUGGGUUUCUGUGCAGGUAUCGCAGGUUGGAUCGGAGUCACGUCAUCCCUUAAUGACGGUGUAAUCGACGUCACAACCACUUUCGGAGACUAUGAAAUGUUGACUGGGAAUUUAUUGGCUAUCGGUGUCGGUGGAAUCAUCACAGUGGGUUGGUCAUUAAUCAGACCUUCUCAUUUCGAUUGGGAUAUCACUCGAGCCAUCAACAACCAAAUCGAAAGUCCUCCUAUGGAUAACUUCGCGUCGGAUAAAGACAUGUCACCAGGAGAAGGAGACAAGAAAAUGAUGGAUGACAUUCCGCAAUCUGGACCCACCAUCGAAGAACAGCCAGUCGAUCUUACCGAAGAAAACAAAGGUUUACAAAAAGCUUUCAGAUUCGCUGCAUGGUCCGCUUUGACCUUGGUCGUCAUCUUGAUUUUCGUCAUUCCCUUACCGCUGUUCUUCUCUUCAUAUGUCUAUCCAAAAUCCGGCUUUACCGCCUGGGUUUGUGUAUCGCUCAUUUGGCUAUUCGUCGGUCUGGGUAUGGUGGGCAUAUACCCCAUGUGGGAAGCUCGUAGAGGAUUGAUGAAGGUCGGGCGAGGUAUUGCGACGGAUAUUUCUAGGAUCGGGAAAUGA